GUAACUGCUGACGUUGCCGGGCGGCUGGCUCAGAGGGUGGAGAGGUAAUUUGGCCAGUAUGGUUCCAGCUGUGGUGAAGAAGAUGCGGACCCCGUGGGCUUUGCUGCUGCUGCUUGUGGCUCUUGCUGUGCCGGGCGCGCGGGCUUACAGGAAGCGGGGACCGGCAGUCACGGUCAAGGUCUUCUUUGAUAUAAAGAUCGGCGACCGUGACGUCGGCCAAAUUGUUAUUGGUUUAUUUGGCAAUGUUGUCCCGAAGACUGUAGAGAAUUUUGUAACUUUGGCAACUGGAGAGAAUGGAUAUGGCUACAAAGGGACUAAAUUCCACAGAGUCAUCAAAGAUUUUAUGAUUCAAGGAGGUGACUUCACAGCUGGAGAUGGGACAGGAGGUGUCAGUAUAUAUGGAGAGUAUUUCCCAGAUGAGAACUUUAAGCUGAGACACUAUGGCAUUGGUUGGGUGAGCAUGGCGAAUGCAGGGCCAGAUACCAACGGCUCACAGUUCUUCAUCUCUACGACUAGACCUUUGUGGCUGGAUGGAAAGCAUGUGGUGUUCGGCAAGGUUCUGAAAGGCAUGGCUGUUGUACACGCUAUAGAACUUCAGGAGACAGAUAAACGGGAUCGUCCUUUGCAAGACUGCAUGAUUGUGAACAGUGGUAAAGUUGCAGUAAAGGAACCGUUUGUGGUUGAAGUGGAUGACUGGGAAGACUAAAAUUGAUUUAGUACAA